UCAGGAUAGAGCAGCAGGAUGGGACGCUAGCAGCGGCAACAGGGAGGAGGAAACACAAAAACAGAGCUCAGGGAAGUCUUUCUGACACUUAUACAAUGAAAAAGAGGCAGUGAGGAGCUGGUGAACGUUGCGACCAUGAUCCGGACACUCAGCGGGGCGACGUUUAGGGCUGCCGGGGCAGCGCAGCCGAUAAAGGACGUAACAACCAGGCGGCUCCACAGCACAUAUGACGUGGCCGUGGUGGGGGCAGGCAUCGUGGGCCUGGCGACAGUCAGAGAGCUCAUUCUGCGACACCCGUCGCUCAGCUUUGUCCUACUGGAGAAAGAAAAAGAGCUUGCUAUGCACCAGAGUGGGCACAACAGUGGGGUCAUUCACAGCGGGAUCUACUACACGCCGGGCUCGCUGAAGGCCCGUCUGUGUGUGCGAGGAGCCACUUUAGCCUACGAGUACUGUGAGAAGAAAGGACUCCCUUACAACAAAUGUGGAAAGCUUAUCGUGGCUGUGGAGCAGGAGGAGAUACCCAGGCUGAAAGCUUUAUAUGAACGCGGCAUGAAGAACAAUGUGCGUGACCUCGGUAUAGUUGACGCCAAGGGAAUCCGAGAACGCGAGCCGUACUGCAGGGGUAUCAUGGCCUUGGAUUCGCCCUACACUGGCAUCGUGGACUGGAGGAUGGUGGCUCUCAGGUACGGCCAAGACUUUGUGGAGGCUGGCGGCAAGGUGAUAACUGAUUCUGAGAUUAAUGACAUUUCCAUGGUCAAGGAGAGCCCAGCUGGGAGCACGGAAGGAAUGAAAUAUCCGAUCGCAGUCAAAGACAAAAAGGGUAACGAGGUGCGGUGCCGUUAUGUCCUGACCUGUGGAGGCCUGUACUCAGACCGCCUGUCGCAGAUAUCAGGAUGCAGUCGAGAGCCUCGGAUCGUCCCCUUCAGAGGAGAUUAUCUGGUCCUGAAGCCAGAGAAACACUAUCUGGUCAAGGGAAACAUCUACCCUGUCCCCGACCCUCGUUUCCCUUUCCUCGGAGUUCACUUCACCCCGAGGAUGGAUGGAAGUGUUUGGCUCGGCCCCAACGCCGUCCUCGCCUUCAAAAGAGAGGGAUACAAAAUUUACGACUUCAAUAUCCGAGACUUUGCAGAUGCGCUCUCAUUCAGGGGCCUUCAGAAGCUGGUAUUGAGGAACAUUACGUACGGAAUUGGAGAGAUGUAUCGAGGGAUUAACAUUAAUGCACAGGUUAAACUCCUGCAGAAGUACAUCCCUGAAAUCUCGCCAAGUGACGUGCUCAGGGGGCCAGCAGGAGUUCGAGCUCAGGCUCUCGACCGAGACGGAAACCUUGUAGACGACUUUGUGUUUGACGGCGGGGUCGGGGACGUGGGCAGCCGGGUGCUCCACGUGCGUAACGCUCCCUCCCCAGCGGCCACCUCCUCCCUCGCCAUCGCUGAAAUGAUCGCAGAUGAGGUGGAGAGUCGCUUCUCUCUGUAGAGCAACACAGUGAUCACAGACGUAAAAACAGCAAACCAAAAAUCAUCCAGCUUGAGGAUGCAAAAUGAAACUAUGUUGUGUCAAGCUGUCACUACCUCAGCAUCACUGUCAUCAGAGCGGAAAUGUUUUCAUUACAGGUCAAGCCUUAAUUUAGCGCAGAAAGUCACGUAUAUGUGACUUGAUUACAUUUUAAGACUGUUUUAUGUACGUAGUGCUGUUUCAGGUCGCGCAGUAUGUUUACUCCACUACAUUUCAAGUUAAAAUUAAUUUUUCUGCACUACAUCUCUGUCUAAAACAAAAGUGCAUGAUGAGUUACGCUUAGUGGAAAUUUUAAGUAUUAAAAAAAAACGGUUCAGCUUCAGUAAUAUUAUCAACUUGGACAUGCUGUCUGGAAUGUGAAUAUAACCUUUUUGGGAGAUUGAUCAUUUUAAGAUUAGAGCGUGUGAAUCUGCCUUGGAUUUUUUUCUUUUACUUUUGGAUAUGUUGUGUAUUUUAUCAUCUGUAUGUUUUUUUUUUAUUACAUAAAAUUUUUUGGGAGAAAAGAAAAAAAUCCCAGAAGUUAAUUUGAUUUAAAAAAAAAAAAAAAAAAGGAUUCUGAAUAUUUUUAUCAUUGAAUAUAAAAAUACGAUGAUGCCUAGUUUUCUGCCGACAAUAUAAGAAGAUUGGGUGUAAUUUUUGAACAGUAGUUGAAACUGUAACGCAAUUAACGCACAGUCAUACCUGCAGAACGCACAGUUUGGAAGACAGACGGGUUGUUUUUGGGGCAUUUUGUCUUCCAAAAUAAUUUUAUGACAUUAAAAGAAAUUGAAAUCAUGUCAGCUUUAAAUCAUUUAGUGUUAUGUCAUAUUUACUUUGAUGUAAACUGAGAACACUUGGAUGUUUUAUAAGUUUUAUAUGUGCUGGGGGUGGUGAUUUCAUAUAAUUCUGCUCAGAUUUUCUCAUUAUUCGAGUCUCAGAGGCUUUACAUAUUGAUAAAAUUUGUCCAGAUAGCUUUCCUAUAAAAUUGCUGUCAUUGCAUGCCAUUUAUUGACAAAUGAAUGUGAGUAUUUUUACCAUAAAUACAUAUUUUUGCAUUGCAAAUGUA